GUUGUCCGUCGGUUGGGCUGCUGUUGGGAGUUGGCUGAGUUUGCAUCAGCUGCUGGGAAGAAGCGCGCGAGCGAUGGUGCUGCUGGAGAGCGAGCAGUUCUUGACAGAGCUAACCAGGCUUUUUCAGAAAUGCAGGACCACAGGCAGUGUCUAUAUAACAUUAAAGAAAUAUGAUGGUCGGACAAGACCAAUUCCACGGAAGGGCCAUCUUGAGAGUUUUGAGCCUGUAGACAACAAAUGUCUUCUUAGAGCCACAGAUGGGAAGAAAAAAAUAAGCACAGUGGUGAGUUCAAGGGAAGUUAACAAAUUCCAGAUGGCAUAUUCAAAUUUGAUUAGAGCUAAUAUGGAUGGUUUAAAGAAGAAAGACAAGAAAAGCAAAAACAAGAAAAGUAAAGCAACACAAUGAUAUAAAAAAACAUUUCUGUAAAGAAUGGACCCAUGUUAUACCCCACAUUUUUUCUUUAUGUAACCACUUACCUUUUGACUUCAUUUCCAGCUAGUAACUGAACAAUAAGAUUCUUAUACAAACCGAGAAUGCUCUCAGGAUUGUGAUACACAAAAAUAAAUAUCCAUAAUGCAUAAAUUUGCGCAGCUGAUUUGUUUCAUACCUUUGACUUAUUUCAAUAAGUAAGUUUUACUUAGAAAAAUAAUUUUGAUGUAGUAGUUUGUGUUGAGUAUGUGCAAAAGUUUUAUGAGUGGAAUAAAGGUUGAGAACGACUU